AUGACCGCUCCGGAAGAGGCCAUCUUCGUCCGUCCUGCAGCGGACGCCAUACGCUCAGCAUGGCGCUCUGUAUUCUCCGACCCGCUUCUGUCACUCGCUCGACUGAAAGCUCAGGCGACGACCAAGGAUGGACUAGGAGAUGAGGAGGGGGACGGCGGUAUCACGCUGCGGUCGGUGUAUUGGCGGCUGUACCACGGCCUUCUUCCUCCUCCGACAUCCCAGAACCUUUUCGCCCCAACCCUCGAGAUAUCCCGAGCGAUGUACACAUCGCUGCGAAGGCGGUACCUGGUUGCUCCAGACGGACGCUGGGCAUCUGACUGCUCGCCUGACGACCAGUCUCCCUCCUCGCCACUGCCUCUGCCUGCUCCUGGUGGACCAGAAGGAGAGUGGGAUCCACUGAGUCUGGACGGGCAAUCACCCUGGAAGACUUGGUUCGCCCAUCAGGAUCUGCGGGCGACAAUCCGCCAGGAUGUGGAUAGGACCUUCCCCGACAUCGACUACUUCCGAAUAGAGAGGGUCAGGCGAAUGAUGGUGACCAUGUUGUUCCUCUUCGCUGUGCAGAACCCGGAUGUCGGGUAUCGCCAGGGGAUGCACGAGCUCCUGGCUGUAUGCCUUCUGUCGGUCGACCGCGACUCGCUGGAAGUCGACGCCAAUCAAGCUUCAUCAUCAGGAUCAUCCAGCCAGGCUGUCAUGCUUGAAGCAAUGCGGACGACUUUGGACAGACGAUGGGUGGAGCACGACUCCUACGGGCUGUUUCAGGAGCUGAUGAGGGGUGCCAAGGCCUUCUACGAGUGGCGAGCUGAGGAAGGACCACGGACCAAAGUGCCAAAUGCACCGGUUGCGCCGAUCAUACUCCGCUGUCAGCAGCUCCACAACUCGCUCCUCCGGCGUAUUGACCCCCAGCUAUGGGAGCGUUUCGAGACGGAGGGACUGGAGCCGCAAAUAUGGGCAAUUCGAUGGAUCCGACUUAUCUUCACCCGAGAGCUGCCUUUCCCCGCAGCAAUACGGCUGUGGGACGGGAUCUUCGCGGAAGAUCCAGGUCUCGGGCUGAUCGACUACGUCUGUAUCGCUAUGCUGCUGCUGAUACGGAACGAGCACUACUCGACACUCCUGUCCAAAUUGCUUCGCUAUCCCUCAUCGUCCACCCAGUACCCCUUCUCACCGCAUCUUAUCCUCGCUCAAGCUCUGUUCUUACGCGGCAACGUCACGCCCGCUGGCGGCGUCGAGGUGGUGCUGCAGAAUCAGGACCUACUCGGAAUUCGCGCAGCACCGCCUGAGCGGACAGAAAGGGACGACCAUCAGCCGAGACGCCUGAAUCAUGGCCGGACCGCCAAUACCCGUCCGCCUCCUCCUCAACCCUAUCGGCCCGGGGUACAAGGUCUGGCGCAGGGACUAUUCGAGCGAGCACAGGCGGCAGGCCUGGAUAAAACAUUCUACUCUACCGUAGCUGAUAUCCGGAAAAAUCUGCCCGAAGGCUACUCAUCCUACCUCCCAAAUCUUCCCUUCUCACCACUCGGCACUCCAUCCCCACGCGACAAUCCACAGUUCUCCUCGAUCCCCUCCUCAGCAUCCGCCAUCCCACCGAGGUCGAGCUUCUUCUCUCCGCCUCACAAUCCCAUCUCUUCCUUCUACCCGGCAACCCGUCCAGAAGUAAGCAAGCGCCCGUCCAUGGACAGUAACAUCUCGAUCAAGUCCCUCCGGGAUGCGGAGCGGGAUAUGGCGGAGCUUCGGCUGGCCAUGGUCGGUAUGGGCAAGGCGAUGAACGAGUGGAUGUCUGCUCUGUCUGUCACGGAAGAAGUCGCGAAAGGGGACGCGUAUAACGGGCUGGGAAGAGUGAGGGACACACUGCUGGAUGCGGCAGGGUGCGAGGUGGAGGAUGUGGUCAGGCAGUGGGGAUGGCACGAGGGGCUGGAGGCGCCGAGGAGCAGGGAUGAGACAUUGUCUUCUGCGCCAUCCUCGGCAGCUCGACCGACUCAAGCGGAAGCUCCGCCUCCUUCACCCACACCCAACCACUUCUCAUCGCCCGAAACGCCGAAGGUUUCGUCUUUCCCCACCGCGCCACGUCCGGCUGUCAUUGCGCCAAAACCGACUCUUCACCUCUCUUCCCGCGACGAUAAGCCAAGUACCGGUCUCUCACGUGUCCCCUUGACUCCACCGGUCCGGGACAGCAUGCGUGCGGAGCAGAGUCGAGUACCAGCGGGGUCAGCGGUCCCGCGGAGGGAUGGCGGAUUGGCAGCUGGCGGUCCGAGAGGAGUCAGCGACCCUUUAGAUCCGCUGGCGGGUCUUCACGUCAGCAAGGACCCAUUAGGAGGUUUUGGUCUGCCUAGUGGGACACAUCAGGAGCGGUCAACGGGGAGAUACGGGUGA